AUGCCUAAUCCGAAUACAGCAGAUUACUUGGUGAAUCCAAAUUUCAGGACCAGUAAGGGCGGAUCUUUAUCGCCGACGCCAGAAGCUUUCAACGACACGCGAGUUGCUGCACCAGCCACUCUUCGCAUGAUGGGCAAGCAAUCUGGACCAAGAAAUGACCAGCAACAAGCACCACUGAUGCCUCCUGCAGAUAUCAAACAGGGCAAGGAACAGGCAGCUCAGAGACAAAAUGAUGCAUCGAGGCCUAAUGGCGCCGUGGAAUUAAGGCAAUUUCAUAGAAGAUCUUUGGGAGAUUGGGAGUUCCUUGAAACGGUUGGCGCAGGCUCUAUGGGUAAAGUUAAAUUGGUCAAGCAUCGUCAAACAAAGGAAAUUUGUGUAAUAAAGAUUGUUAAUAGGGCUUCCAAGGCUUAUCUCCAUAAACAGCACUCUUUACCUUCCCCAAAGAAUGAGAGUGAGAUAUUAGAAAGACAAAAGCGGUUAGAAAAAGAAAUUGCGAGGGAUAAAAGGACUGUUAGGGAAGCCUCUUUGGGCCAAAUCCUUUACCAUCCUCAUAUCUGUCGUUUAUUUGAAAUGUGCACUAUGUCAAACCAUUUUUAUAUGCUUUUUGAAUACGUUUCCGGUGGACAGCUGUUAGAUUAUAUUAUUCAGCAUGGCUCAUUAAAGGAACACCAUGCGAGGAAAUUUGCCAGAGGUAUAGCUAGUGCGCUGCAAUACUUACAUGCCAAUAAUAUUGUUCAUCGAGAUCUGAAAAUUGAGAAUAUAAUGAUAUCUAGUUCAGGUGAAAUUAAGAUCAUUGAUUUUGGUCUUUCCAACAUUUUUGAUUAUAGGAAACAAUUACAUACGUUUUGUGGUUCCUUGUACUUUGCAGCACCAGAACUAUUAAAAGCGCAGCCAUACACAGGACCUGAGGUAGAUAUUUGGUCGUUUGGUAUUGUUCUUUAUGUCUUGGUCUGCGGUAAAGUACCAUUUGAUGAUGAGAACUCAAGCAUUUUACAUGAAAAAAUAAAAAAAGGUAAAGUAGACUAUCCUUCACACUUAUCCAUUGAAGUUAUAUCUUUAUUAACCAGGAUGAUUGUUGUCGACCCAUUAAGAAGAGCAACAUUAAAGAAUGUCGUUGAGCAUCCAUGGAUGAACAGAGGAUACGAUUUUAAGGCUCCAUCAUAUGUUCCUAAUCGUGUUCCAUUAACCCCUGAAAUGAUAGAUAGCCAAGUUCUGAAGGAAAUGUAUCGCCUAGAAUUUAUUGACGAUAUUGAAGAUACAAGAAGAUCAUUGAUCCGAUUAGUAACUGAAAAGGAAUACAUCCAACUUUCCCAAGAAUACUGGGACAAAUUAUCCAACGCCAAGGGGUUGAGUUCAAGUUUAAAUAAUAACUACCUAAAUUCAACGGCACAACAAACCUUAAUACAAAAUCAUAUUACAAGUAAUCCAUCGCAAAGUGGUUAUAAUGAACCAGAUAGUAAUUUUGAAGAUCCUACUUUAGCAUAUCAUCCAUUACUAUCAAUAUAUCACUUGGUUUCAGAAAUGGUUGCACGGAAAUUAGCGAAGUUGCAAAGAAGGCAAGCAUUGGCCCUGCAAGCGCAAGCUCAGCAAAGGCAACAACAGCAACAAGUAGCACUUGGCACUAAGGUCGCCUUAAAUAAUAACUCCCCGGAUAUUAUGACCAAAAUGAGGAGCCCUCAGAAAGAAGUAGUACCUAAUCCUGGUAUUUUUCAAGUGCCGGCAAUUGGAACAUCGGGAACCUCAAACAACACUAAUACCUCAAACAAACCUCCACUGCAUGUAAUGGUUCCUCCUAAACUAACAAUACCGGAACAAGCGCAUACUUCUCCAACAUCUAGGAAGAGUUCCGACAUUCAUACGGAAUUAAAUGGUGUUUUGAAAUCAACACCAGUCCCCGUGUCUGGCGAAUAUCAGCAACGUUCUGCUUCACCCGUAGUAGGUGAACAUCAGGAAAAGAAUACAAUAGGCGGCAUAUUCAGAAGAAUAUCACAAAGUGGACAAUCUCAGCAUCCCACACGGCAACAGGAACCUCUUCCAGAAAGAGAACCUCCAACAUAUAUGUCAAAAUCAAAUGAAAUUUCCAUCAAAGUACCGAAAAGCCAUAGUCGUACUAUAUCAGAUUAUAUUCCUAGCGCUAGAAGAUAUCCAUCUUACGUGCCAAAUUCUGUUGAUGUAAAACAGAAACCCGCUAAAAACACUACCAUAGCACCUCCUAUAAGGUCAGUAUCACAAAAGCAAAACAGUGAUCUUCCAGCUUUACCUCAGAACGCCGAACUAAUUGUUCAAAAACAACGGCAAAAACUAUUACAGGAAAAUCUCGACAAAUUACAAAUUAAUGAUAAUGAUAACAACAAUGUGAACGCUGUAGUCGAUGGUAUCAAUAAUGAUAAUAGUGACCAUUAUCUCUCCGUUCCGAAGGGUCGUAAGUUACAUCCUAGUGCAAGGGCUAAAUCGGUGGGGCAUGCUCGUCGUGAAUCUUUGAAAUUUACUAGGCCGCCUAUACCAGCAGCCCUUCCGCCAUCAGAUAUGACAAACGAUAACGGCUUUUUGGGAGAGGCAAACAAGGAGAGAUACAAUCCUGUUAGCAGUAACUUUUCGACCGUUCCUGAAGAUUCUACCACAUACAGUAACGAUACUAACAAUAGACUGACUUCGGUGUAUUCUCAGGAGCUUACUGAGAAGCAAAUUUUGGAGGAAGCUUCAAAGGCACCCCCCGGGUCUAUGCCAUCAAUUGAUUAUCCAAAGUCAAUGUUUUUGAAGGGUUUUUUCUCUGUACAAACAACCUCCUCUAAACCAUUGCCUAUUGUUCGUCACAAUAUCAUAUCUGUUUUAACAAGAAUGAAUAUUGAUUUCAAAGAAGUGAAAGGCGGGUUCAUAUGUGUCCAACAAAGGCCAUCUAUUGAGACUGCAGCUGUCCCUGUUAUAACCACUACUGGCGUGGGUUUGGAUUCCGGAAAGGCGAUGGAUCUGCAAAAUAGUUUAGACAGUCAAUUAUCAUCCAGUUACCAUAGUACAGCGUCCUCAGCAUCAAGAAAUAGUUCGAUAAAACGCCAAGGUUCUUAUAAGAGGGGCCAGAAUAAUAUACCACUAACACCUUUAGCGACCAAUACACAUCAAAGAAAUUCAUCUAUCCCAAUGUCUCCAAACUACGGAAACCAAAGUAAUGGUACAUCAGGGGAACUAUCUUCCAUGUCAUUAGAUUAUGUUCAACAACAGGAUGAUAUUUUAACAACAUCAAGAGCCCAAAAUAUAAAUAACGUAAAUGGUCAAACAGAGCAAACCAAUACUUCUGGUAUAAAAGAAAGGCCUCCUAUUAAAUUUGAGAUUCACAUUGUAAAGGUUCGUAUCGUCGGCCUAGCAGGUGUACAUUUCAAAAAGGUUUCUGGUAAUACGUGGCUAUAUAAAGAAUUGGCAUCGUAUAUUUUAAAAGAAUUAAACCUAUAG